GGUCCCAAUCUCGUAAUAUUUGUCAAAGGGGCUCCAAAUUUUCAAAAUUUGCACUCAUUUUUUGACCUCGUAUAUUUGAUGAACCCAUAUAUAACCCCUUACAAAUAACCACCCCCAUAAAACCUAGCCAAAUUCCAAUCUUUCACACCCCCUAACCAUAUAUAGUUCAUUUUUCUCAUUAAAUCAUUUAUAUUUAUACAAAAAGAAAAAGCCCCCCCCCCCCCUCCCCCCCAAAAAUAUGGGGAACAGUUUGGGAGGAAGUAAGAGUGCAAAAGUAAUGAAGAUUAAUGGUGAGAGUUUCAAGUUAAAGACUCCAGUUCGGGCCGGGUCGGUGGUGGAGGGGUAUCCGGGCCACGUUUUGCUGGAGUCGGAGGCGGUGAAGCAUUACGGCGUGAGAGCGAAGCCGUUGGAGCCGCAGCAGGAGCUGAAGCCGAAACGCCUCUAUUUCCUGGUUGAGUUGCCCAAAUUCCCCGAGGAGAAGACAGCCAGGAGGGUAAGAUCGGGAAUUCACAUGGGCGCCAAGGACCGCCUCGAGAGCCUCAUGCUGGCGCGCCGCUCCGCUUCGGAUCUCUCCAUCAUGAAGCCGCCGAGCUUAGCCGCCGAGGAGGAGAAAACCGGGGGCGGAGGAGUUAGGAUGAAGAUGAGGUUGCCGAGGGCCGAGGUGGAGAGGUUGAUGGCGGAGAGCAGGGAUAGCGGUGAGGUAGCCGAGAAGAUUGUCGGCCUCUGCAUGGCCGCCAAGAGCUCCGCCACCGCCGCGGAUUUGAAUCAUGAUCGUGGAGUCGUUAAACCUCGCGAGAAGCGUGUCGGAUUCUUACCGAUCCAUGAAGGAGAGAUCCACCAUGUUGUUAUGGCUUCAUAACAUAUUAUUUUGGCAAAUUAAGAUAUAUAAAUCGCUAGUCUGUUUUUAUCUCUCCGAAUUCCCAUGUAACAGUUCUCAGCAACAAAAGAGCAGAAAUAUUUCUGUCAAUUUUGUGUAUGCAUGUAAAGGGUCCGAUUUUAGAUGCUGAGAAUAAUGUUUAGUUGUAAUAUCAAUCUAGGUGAAUUAUGAGAGAGUAGGUUAUUUGAUUCUCUUCUUAUAUACUUUUAGUAGUAUUAUAAAUAAUCUCAGCUACGUCUCUCA